UUCUUUCAACCGCUAUCCAUACAACGAUGACUGGCUGUAAUCAUCUGCGCCUUCGGCGCCAUGGCACGUGUAAGCGUGUGAAGGGCACCGGCAGGCGAUCCAAUGCAACGUAGGCAGGCGUUGCACAUGCUGACUUCAGCGAGGUGCUCGUGUUUUUUCCCUCUGAGCUCUGGGUUGGGCAGGAUGGAAAAUACGAAUGCUGCUGCCGCGGUGGGGCCACCGUCACCAACUCGGGCGGGCUGGAACAAAAACGCCCCGCCAACCAGCAGCAACAGCAGCACGCGCCCAGAGCCAGUGGACAAACCACCGAAGGGGCGACCAACCGCCGCCACCGACCUCCUGGCGUCCAGGGCCGCGCGCAGCUGCGCGGUGCCACUGGCAGGCAUGCCGCUCCUGAGCAUGCCCUGCCACGACGGGCGCCAUCCAGCGACCGCCGCAUCUGAAGCCAGAAGCCCUCAGACUCUGGGACCCUGCGCCGCGCCGAGCAGCAUGGCACAGCGAUUGCGACCGCAGUGCGAAGCCUUCGGUUCGCAUGUCGGCGGCCAGGAGGAGGAGGAGGAGGAGGAGGAGGAGGAGGGCAGGGGCCACUCGGGCAUGGCCUGCAGGCGGAUCACGAACCACCGCGCGGCGUCCUCCCACGCCAGCGGGAGCCGUGGUAGGCUGGUGCCCUGCUCGACUGGGCCCUCUCCUGUGCCUCCUCUGGGCCGCAGGAGUCUGGUGGGGUCGCUGGAGAAGGAAUCCUUCGACGAGGAGUCGUCCGAAUAAAGGUGUCGCCCAUUCCUUAACCAACGCCACCACUGUGGAUGAGAAGCCAGCGCGGCGCGGUAUGCCGCAGACCGGUUCGCGCACCCACUGGCCUGCCAACAACGAGCCCGAGAUUUCGUGGACGACAGGACGGACAAACACCGUAAGGCCUGCGUGACACCGUAAAACGCUGCCGCAGUACCUGCAAUGCCUGGAUCAGACCGCCUUGCAGGAAAAAACUGCCACUGGCUCCGCCCACUCGCGAAACGCUGCUGCCGCUGGAGCCCUGCUGCGCAUUUUCUAUUACGCACGUGGGUCUCUUUGCGACGGCCAGCCUCCAGCAGGCCAGAUGGAAGCCAGACUACGGAGGGCAAGAAGCAAAUGCCGGGGCAAGGCAGACUUCAUGCUGCCACCGACCGCCCCCUUGGGCGGUUGUCCCCUCUGCAGCCUCGGACGGUCGGAAGAGGAACAUAAGAUGAGGAUGAGAUGAUUGAGAGAUGAUGAAGGGGCGCUCCCACGUCUUAAUACUCGUGGCAUAUCGUGGGAUGCUCUCUCCAUUAGAGCUUCCGAAAGGCUCAACAAACUCACCGCUCGGGCUCUACAGGCGGUCACUAAUUCCGCAUGCUCCAGUGACACACUUGUCUGGCCUGCCAUGUUUGUUGGCUGGAUCAGUGCCACAUGCAACAACACAUUUCCUCCAAUCAACAGAAAUCAAAUUCCAUGCCCGCCAGAAUGACGGAAUGACUGGCUAAUUGAUCGACCGACGUCAACAAACGAUGCGGGGAAUGCAUUUUGGAAUGCCCGCGGGCUUCAAGCACCGCAACCCCACACGCAAUCGGGCAAUACGUCUUGGGCCGCGGGCACACCCGACAAGACAACAAUUAUUGGGCCGUGGGGGCCCGAACCGCGCUCGCUCCCGCGACCGCGCAAGGGCAACUGCACCCGCACCGGCAACCGCAACUGGGCAGCACCACGUGGGCCGCGGGCGCCCGCGGCCGCACUCGCAACUGGGCACCUCUUUUUCUGGGCCGCGGGCACCCGCACCUGCCCUUGGGUGACAACAUACUCUUUGCGGGGGGGGCCCGCAACCGCAACCAAACCACACGCUUUGCGCUGCGGACUCUCGGAACCUCCUCAAGCAUCAACGCCAAAAACCAUGAAUCGAGGACAUGCGGCGCCAGAACCAGACCUGCAACCGCGCCCGCACCCCGCAACCAAGCCACGCAUAUGCACCCCAGCACCAAGCCGCGCCCGCAACCCGCGACAUGGUAACACAUGUUGGGCCGCGGGGAACAACCAUGAAAGAGCCCAAGAAACAGCGAGCCCGUCCAGCAUCUGAACAAAACCUUCUUUCAGCGCCUUGGCUGUAUCUGUAUGGCCACCCAUUAUCGCUACACAAGCAGCCCCUGGGUGCGGCCCGCAGUGCUCCCCUGGGACACUUCAGCGGGGAAUUCCCACGCCGCGCUGCUGCCCUCCUCCUCCUCCUUC